UUCUCACUUUCUUCCACUGUAGACGCCUCACGCGUUUUCCCCUUCCUAUUUCCCACAGUUUUGUAGUUGUACGCCGUCAGCUUUCUUCAACAAUUGGCCUUCCUCUCUAACCCUUCUUUGUUUUUCUUUCCCUUCUCUCAAUCGCUCUUUCAUCUACGAAUGAAUCAGCUUAUUUUCUUCUUCUUCUUCUUCUUCUUCUUCUUCCUUUUGUUUGGAAAACUUUGUCUCUGUGAUCCAAGAGCUACUGAGGCUGCUUUGGUAUGCACCAACACAACCGCUUCAAUAACAGCGCGCGAAUCCUUCGUGGCGAACUUCUUGGCGGUGAUGGACAGCUUUACGCCGCUCAUCGUUCGCCAGAGGUACGCCGCCGUUGUCAAAGGAAGCGGUGACACCAAAGUGUACGGCUUUGGCGAGUGCAUGAAAGACCUUGAUCAAGGAGACUGUAACAUCUGCUUUGCUCAGUGCAAAGCGCAGAUCAUGAGAUGUCUCCCGUUUCAGAUAGGCACACGUGGAGGCAGGCUUUUCUACGAUGGUUGUUAUUUAAGGUACGAUGAUUAUAACUUCUUUGACGAAAGUUUGAGUGAAACAGACCGAACUGUUUGUGCUACAAAGGAUGUUGGCUUGAGUAACGAGACAGAUUUUAGAGCAAAUGUAAUGCAGUUGGUAAGAAACUUGACCCUGGAAGCUCCAAAGAAUGAUGGAUUCUUCGUAGGGUCUAUGGGUAAAGGGAAUAAUGUGUCGGUUUAUGGAUUGGCUCAGUGCUGGGAAUUGGUGAAUGCGAGUGCUUGUGAAGAUUGCUUGGUCAAUGCGGUUUCUAGGAUUAGUUCAUGUCUUCCCAAGGAAGAAGGGAGGGUGCUGAAUGCUGGUUGCUACUUGAGGUACUCAACCAAUAAGUUUUAUUACAAUUCAACUGCUCCACCAGUUGGUGGGAAUCGAGCAAGAAGAAAAUUAGCUAUUAUCCUGGCAACGACAUUCUCCACUAUGGCUCUAGUACUGAUCAUUGCAACAGCGAUUUUCUUUGUGAAUAAGAAGCUUGUGAAGAAAAGACAAGAGAGUAAGCAACUAGGAGCUUUAUCACCCCUCCUGAACAAGUCCAAGUUGAAUCUCUCAUACGAAUCUCUGGAAAAAGCUACGAAUUACUUUAGCGACACCAACAAGCUGGGACAAGGAGGAUCCGGUUCCGUUUAUAAAGGAACUUUACCCAAUGGAAAGGUUGUUGCUAUAAAGAGACUCUUCUUUAAUACAAGGCAAUGGGUGGACCAAUUUUUCAAUGAAGUCAAUUUAAUCAGUGGCAUAAAUCACAAAAAUCUCGUAAAGCUAUUGGGAUGCAGCAUUACAGGCCCGGAAAGCCUUCUUGUUUACGAAUUUGUGUCAAACCAGAGCCUCCAUGAUUAUCUCUUCGUUAGAAAAGAUGUUGAGCCACUAAGAUGGGAGGAGCGAUACAAGAUCGUAUUGGGUACCGCUGAGGGCUUGGCCUAUCUGCACGAGGAAUCCAAAUUGAGGAUCAUACAUAGAGACAUAAAACCCGGCAAUAUUUUGCUUGAUGAAGACCUCACCCCGAAAAUUGCUGAUUUUGGCCUUGUUAGACUUUUUCCGGAAGAUAAGACUCACAUCAGCACCGCCAUCGCUGGCACUUUAGGUUACAUGGCUCCAGAAUACGCUGUUCGUGGCAUGUUGACUCAAAAGGCUGACGUUUAUAGUUUCGGUGUUCUCGUUAUUGAAAUUACUUGCGGGAAGAGGAACAAGUGCUUUUCUCCGGAUAUGGUCUGCAUCCUACACAUGGUAUGGAAUCAAUAUGAAGCAGAUAAGCUCGGGGAAGUUGUUGAUCCAGUUAUAGAGCAUCAUUUUCGAGAAGAGGCGUGUAGAUUGCUUCAAAUUGGCCUACUCUGUGUACAAGCCUCAACAGAAUUGCGACCAUCAAUGUCAACAAUUGUGCAAAUGCUUACUGAUGAUACUUGCGAAAUUCCUUGUCCGACGCAGCCUCCUUUCUUGAGUCCUAGUAGCUCGGGGUUUAGCCUAAACAUUACGACUUCCACUAGUAAUUAUGAGACCGAAUCUUACAUCCAGUCUUCGGGGAGUAACACAAUGCAAAGUAGGAUGGUGCCUAGAUGGACCGCUUUUAUAGAAAAUGUUUCGGACAAGGUGCACGAAGAUGAGCUUCUCUGUGUUUCUGGUAUCACUGGGUGAUGAAGUAGUUCAUAUGACAUUCUGCACUAUCUGGAGGAGGCAUAAAUUGAUGUGGAUAUCAUCGGAUACAAAUGAUUUAAACUAAUAACGUCUAAUACCGUUUCUAACACCGAUUAAUGCUUCAUUCUUCCCAUGAACUUACUUAUAGAUCAGUUUGAUACUUGUAAUUAUACAAAAUUAGAAAUGCUGUAUGUAAAUACUAAAAUGAUUGGCCAAGGGAGAUCUUAAUUACGUAAGCUAAGGAAGUUAGGUUUAAGUCCUUUUAACAUCAUGUUACGCUAUUUCUUUGUUCUUUUUUAAAUUUCACAACUUGACCAAUUAUAAUUGUAGAAUUCAAUCAAUAUAAAAAAUCUGAGUCUUUUAACUCA